AUGCCUCCUCAUGACACUCAUCGCUUCCGGCGCAUUCUCCAGAGUCCCUCGGCCUCCUCCCUUACUUCCUCACUUUCAUCUCUUUCGCUCUACACAAGCACUUCAAACAGCACAAGCUGGGGCCCCGGUGCUCUGGCAGGGAAAGCAAUCAAGGCCCUAGGGAAAUCCACAGUAAGGGGUGUGGAACAUGUUGUUAUAAAACGACGAAUGGCAACUAUCUGUGCAAAUCUGCCACAGGUGGACAAUUACCCGGACCUUCUUGCCCGCCCGGGAUUUUGGCAGGAACUGUUCAAUGAUGUGCUGGAACUAUCUCGACCAGGACUUUACGAUGACCAAAUUCACUUGUCUGCAAUGAGAAUCAUACUAGCGCAAAUUGGAUCUUAUCAGACCAAGCAUCUUAUUCACUGUCUAUCUGGAUGGCUUCUUGAUGAUCUAAUGCAGUUUCUGACCAACAUCACAUCUGUUGCUCUUUUUUGCUGCUCUGGUUUUCUUGAACCAAAAUUGACUGAUGCAUACCUGUCACAACAGAGUUAUCACAAUUUGGAUCCUCAUCAGCUCAUUGGUCCAGACUAG